ACUUGCUCAAAACGUACCCACUCCUAUCUAAAUAGAAUUUUGGUCUAUUUCUUUCUCAGCUAUACGCUGGUCGGUCUUGCAUUGCAAAACAUUGCUUAGGUGCGAGCUGCGCAUUCGACCCUAUUUUUUCUUUCAUACAAAAAUUUUCCAGUCACUCCCAGCUGUGUAGUAAUUAUGUACUUGUCUGCUGUUGCAACCGAUUCCUAGAAUGCCAGCAGACGAUACAUGAAGCUUUCCCAUCAUUUGUACUUAGAUAGCUAAUCGAAAUUGAGCCACAAACAGUUCCCGAGAAGUCGUCCCCUCAGAUUAUACAAAAGUAUUUGAGCUGUUUUCAGAUCUAUGACUGUUUUAGCUAAAACAACAAUAGACAUGCGCAAUAAUCUGUUCUCUGUUGUAUCAUAACGAAAUGCGCCGACUUACAUCUGCAAACAGCCGAUCGUGUCGCCUACGGGUGGGCGCAACGUUUUUAUGAGGUGUGAAGGCUGAGAGAAGCUGGCUGGUAUCGCUGAUCGGUCACUGGAGCUGCUUUCAGUGAUGAAGUGCCUUACCGCAGUAGGCGUAGGUGUCGCGGGCGACGGAAGCGCGGAAGAGCGAAACCUGCCAUCUGGUGGCAGUUCGUAGAUGUCGUUCAUGUGUCACUUCACAGAUCAGUAACAAUCGAAGUGAGCCUGAAGCAGUUGUCAUAGCGUUACGUAGAGACGGAACGAGUGACUGUGCCCCGUAUCUCGGAACGUGAUUAAAUGGACUGAUGAGGAUGAGGAUCUUUCGCUCUAUCGAUGAAAAUCUCUAAGCUCUCGAUUCGGAAUCUUAUUCGAUAAGAAGCCCUACUUUUUUUUAGAGUGUCACUGUACCAGAGACUACCUGCCGUGAUGGAACUACGCGUUUUACCUUACCACAUCGUGUUCAUAACUUUCUGCACUGAGGCGGUCGUCGCAGAACGCGGUAAUUAUUGCCCACGGAGCUGCAUUCGAGGCGUCCAACAGUUUCCCUUUAGCGAGAUUUGUAUCUGUCCCGAAUACUGUCCGCUGUUUUGCUGCGCCGGCUACUAUUAUCAUUCACCCGUCCACGGAAUUUGUCCAAUCACCUGUGGCUCGAAAAGUCGACCCAUCUACACGGAAUGUUGUCUUCCAGGAGGAUUUACAGAUCCAGCCUGUAUUAUAGCGCAAAAGAGGUGGUUCGAUAGAAAUACCCGUGGGGUGUGGUGGUGGCCAGCUGUGUUUAACCACACAUCGUCAGGCUAUGGAAAGCAUUCAGGUGUACGCCGGAUUCAUGAUAAUCAAUUAGGCGACUCAAUAGGAAGAGAGCCGUUUACCACCUUGGCUCUUGUCAAACCCGGAAAAAACGAAAAUUCAUCGAAACUCUUGGUUUCGAACACAAUCAAUGAGGAAGCAAACAAAAAGGUUAAAUAAACUUACAUUUGUAAAUGCCCUUACGAAUUUUGGUAAAAGGUACUUUUGUACACAUCUUAUUAUUGAACAGAGCAAAAUGUAUGGUGCUCAAUGUUGCUAAAUCAAUUAUAUUCAAUUAAUGAUUAUAAUACUUGAUAUCCUUUGGUGCACUACGUCGGUAAACCAUGUGCGACACAGAGAAUCCACAUAAAAAGAUUGUUAAAAAUGAUUUUGUGUACGGGAUACUUCUUGCGAAAGAUCCCAAAUCGUACAGACAAGUCCAUCUUUAAAGGAGGAAACACUUUCUUUUCCAAAUGGAUAUUAAUAGUGGACCAGAUGAAAAAAGGUAACUACGAAAUUGCUUUGGUGUCCUUGAAUCAACUAACGUUGAGUCAUUGCACGGAUGCGAUUCCUGAUUUUGGUAGCAGAAGAUACAAAGCAAAGCAAAAAAAAAUUUCAGAAAAUGAUCAAAAAUGUCAAAUUUUAAGAUUUCGUAGAGAACAUGUCUAGAAAACCUUUGUAUCUUUGAAAAUUCAUUUAUUGAAAAAUGUUUAACGGAGCAACCCCCUUAAUAUAUAGCGUUUAAUAUUUGACGUUAUAUAUUAAGGGGGCUGCUUAUUAUCGUAUCGACUGAAUACAAUACUGUACAGCUGACAGUAGAAUCUCUCCUCAAGCCAUGCUAUUCCGUACCAAAAGCAAAAAAUAUACUACGUGUCCUAAUAUGCACACAGUCCUACCAUUGGUAGUGAUUGAAUCCACAAGAACAACUAGCGUUUUUCACUAAUGUUUGUCUCCUUACAAUGCACUCUAGUUUAGGUUAAAAUCUAUAAACAGUUUUGAAAAAAGUAUAUAUAAGAAUAUAUUUUCUUUUGGCAAAUAUAAUGAAAUAUCUUACUAAUGGAACAGCUAACCAUAUAAACUAUCACUAUGGAUCGCCUGUUUCUUUUUCAAAGACCAUAGCCUGAAAUAAUCAAUCUCGAACAGCAGAGCCACGAACAAUAACGGUUCCUAAUAAAUAGGAUGACUCCAAAUGCUUCAAAAAUUCUAAUCGAAAGAAUGAAGAAUAAGAAGAUAAUUAAAUGAAUGGCAUAUUGGGGUAACAAAUUUAUUUAUCCAAUUCAUAACGUAGUACUAAUAGUUGUUCGAAAGUAAUGGCAAUUAUCAGCAUUAAGUUAAUUGAUUGGCAUUGUAAAUCUUUCACUCAAUAAAAUGUAUACCCCUCGUUAUAGGCACUACGCAAAGAAGAUGUAAUAAACGAAGCUUGGCGUCUCCAGUUUGGUUCUUAUUAACGUCUACUGAGAACUUUUUGCGCAGAUCUUGGAACUUCAUUAUGUUCAUUCAGUUUUUGUCAUUUGGAUUCUCUUGUGGAGCGUCCUUUUUUAGCGAUGAUGUACACGCUUGCAGAUCAAGACGUAUUCACUGCAUCUGAAAAAUCUGUUGGAUCUGCGGAAUAGCGGCAGUGCAUAGAAUUGCGCACAGCAACACUUUGAUGUUAGUUCAGCUUUAUAUAUGCUCUUCUAAUCUAAGAGUGACGUUUAAGAGCAUCCAGUACGCUCUUACCUAGUAGUUGAUGCACACGAGCCAUGCCACCGAAAUGAUAACGGAUUGUGUAUCGCCCGCUGACCAGUAUCGGAUGUGCCUCCAAACUUUGCCUAGUACACCGACACGUAUUAGAAACCCUGCAUUCACUGAAGCCCAUUUCCUUUUUAAAUUGUCGGUCCGAACUUUUAGUGAACAGAAAAACAAGUCGACAACGAAUAAGGUAGUUGCCUACCAUAUCGAAUGGCCGGGGUUAGCUUCCAGGUUUCUUACCCUCAUCAAACAUGCUGUAUUCCAACAGCUAUAUAUCCAGUCUCAUUUUAGCGGUGCUAGACAGCAUCAGUCUAAGCUUGCCGGGAUGACUUCGUCAUUUCUUCCUUCUAAGAACCUCUGAAGCAACAGAGGCCUCAAUGGCUCGUCUGCUCGAUAUGCCGCAUAUGGAUCUGACAGUUCGCUUCAGAGUUAUUUUCGGCAUAUCAGGGCGAUCGAGGAGGUCACCCUCUCGCUGUAACCUCAUCAGAACCUUCGUUCUGCUCUUAUGCUUUGCAUCACCCAACCCCUAACACAUGAGCAGAAUGCGGAUAACAUCAACCUCUAUUUCCUUGUCGCAGUGACAGCAAAUUCCAAGUGGGACCUGACUAAACUUGUGUGGAUACGACUGAAGGUCGUCGCGCGAUAAAAAAACCUUGUAUUCAAGAAUAGUCCUCACCAUCUAGGCAGUUGAACCGCUUUUCACAUUUGGUAUAAGGUCUCUAGCUCGAGCCCUAGGUUUGUUCACUGGGAUUGCGGUCCGCUACGUUUGCCAUCCUGCCAGGGCCACGUCUUGCUCUGUCUCCUUCAUUUCAUUCUGUUGCGCCUUACAGAGUUCUCGUCUCUUCUUAACCCAAGAAGUUCACGAGAGAGUUCCGGCCAGUACGGCCGCGCCCGUGCUCAGAGGCCUGAAUAACUAGCAUAGCCGUUAUACACCGCACUUUUUUUAACCUAAUCUGCGCCACUCUUAUUUAGCUUAUGAUCUAGAACUAACUGAAAUUUAUCAACUCAUAUGAACGCUGAAUAUUUUCUGAGAUGAGUCUUCUUAGCAACUCGUCACUUUUUCUUUAAGAUAUUAAUGCCUUUUUUUAAAUCUACAGUAAUACGUAGUUCUAACUUAACUCAGCUUGAGUAUAAUCACGAUGUUUGCCUGAACCUCACAAUUCUAAAAGUGAAAAAGCAUUUUCAUCACAGAAUAUAUCAUGUGGAUAGGAAAUAGUCCUCUAACACAGCGUCAAAAUCCUUAUUUUAGAGCAAUUAACAUCAGCCAAAGUGAUUUUCAUGUUGGAACUUCCAGCAAUACUCCAGGCGCUCUGAAUAGUAAAAACAUAAGCAUGGACUUUGUUUAGGAAACAACAGAACGGUACCCGCCUUUCGAAUGCCAUCAGUUACUUAUUCUACAGACAGGGUUUUUUCCUCUCUGCUGCCGAAGAGUACCUCUUGGUAAUCAGCAUAAUGGCAACCUCGCAUAAAACGCCUGUGUAGUCUAUCGGUUAGAUUUUGGUUUUGGCCUUAAAAUGUAUCUUAAAAAAACCGGUACUGGAACUCCUAAUUAGAAGAGGGAGAACUCUUAGUCCGAAAGUUCUGGGAAAAAAUCAGGAAGCCAUGUUUAAGCAGAGGCUCCGUGUUUAAGCUCUUCCAGAAGCCUACUCAGACAGAGAGUACUGGUGACGCAUGGGAGGAAAGAUCACAACAAGGUUAAUUAAAAGGUAAGAGAACCUUGCAUUUUUUUUGAGAAACGCACGAAUCAAUCUUUUUUGCAAGAGAGUUUCAGCUCCUGAUUGGGUCGGUAAACGAACAGCCUGCCACCUUGUUUGUUGUUUACGCAUAUUUUUUGGUAUUUACAAAUAAUUUGCGACCGGUUAUCUAUAAUAAUUCCCUGUAAACCUGUUUGCGUACUACGUGAGUCUGUUUAACCGACAACGUAAACUUUGAACGCGAAAUCGUGCUAAAUCUUACGUAACCCAUUGGCCUUUCGCAGCUUUUAUGAGUUCGACAAUGGCUUUGCGUAACAGUGGUAUAGAAUAUCGGAUACGCUAAACGUUUUUGGGCGCUAUAGAAAACUAAAAUAACAGAUGUGAAACAGCCCAACUGUCUUUUGGAGAACCCUAACCCACCCUGUAUGGGUGGGUACUUCAGAAUGAAACGUAAAAAAAAUUAAAUCUCAUAUUGUGAAAUGGCGCUAUUUCAUAAAGAUGCAAUGCUUGACGACACUCUUCUUUAUUUUUACAGUGCCAUCGUUUAAAAAGCCUGCUAUUUAGACAAAUGAGUCAUUGAGUGUACCGUAAUAAGCUAUUAGCUGAAAAGGAUGCGCCAACCAAAUGAAUGGAUUUGUCGGGAGCUAAAUAAUGCUACCGAAUGCCAUGUGAAUAUGCCUCUUUGUUUACUGUGGCUGGUGUUUUCAUGAGCGCGGAGAGUAUUUUACAUUAAAACAUUAUGUUUUUUCUCUAUGGUAGAUAACUAAAUUUAAGCUACGACUUUAGUAGUUUAUAGUCAACCCUAACAGAAACACAUAUCUAAUUAAGUCUGCAGUUUCUCUACGUAGUUGAUUCACACAUUCAUUGAAAAACACAACCGCAAACAAACUGCAAACGAACUAUGUAUGUCACCGUGCCCUGUGUGGACUAUGAUUCACUUAACUCGCUAAGGUAGUACGAACUUUUGGGUCAGUUAUUUGACCAUAUUAACGCCAUUGACCAACAAUGUUACGAGUUUGGUGAAUUUGAAGAUAAAAAGUUUAACUUGGACGA